AUGGAUCCGGCGAAGAGGAUCGGCAGCUUCUCUGGGUCUCUGGUGAAUCUGGUGUUCAUCAUGAUCCUGUCCAAGGUCUACACCAUGUUGGCUCUGGUCCUGACCCGCUGGGUCCAGACUCCUGUGGUCCAGACUCCUGUGGUCCUGACUCCUGUGGUCCUGACUCCUGUGGUCCUGACUCCUGUGGUCCAGACUCCUGUGGUCCAGACUCCUGUGGUCCUGACUCCUGUGGUCCAGACUCCUGUGGUCCAGACUCCUGUGGUCCGGACUCCUGUGGUCCUGACUCCUGUGGUCCAGACUCCUGUGGUCCUGACUCCUGUGGUCCAGACUCCUGUGGUCCAGACUCCUGUGGUCCAGACUCCUGUGGUCCUGACUCCUGUGGUCCAGACUCCUGUGGUCCAGACUCCUGUGGUCCGGACUCCUGUGGUCCUGACUCCUGUGGUCCAGACUCCUGUGGUCCGGACUCCUGUGGUCCGGACUCCUGUGGUCCGGACUCUGUGGUCCAGACUCCUGUGGUCCGGACUCCUGUGGUCCUGA